AUGCUUGGUUUCAAUUUCAGCCGAAAUUUAAAUGCUGGGAUUAGAUCAUCUCUCCGCCAUGUAUCUACUAGACGACAGCCGCCACGGAAACUUCUUCAAAUGCAAGCCAAGAGAAACGGAGACAUUGAUCCAAGGGCUUCAUCGCAACUAAUCGUAACAUCUCUCCGCGAUAUUAUAUCAAUGUUUCAGCCCAGUAAUAGUACACAGGAUGAUGAUGAACUUGAUGCGAUGAUACAUCGUGAAGGCAUAAUAAGUCGACUAGAGACGGGUGAAUUGAGGCAGUUGCUCCUACACAAGUUUUCUGCAACUUCAAAUAUUCAAAACGACAUUACAGAAUUAAGCUCGAGCUCUUUAGAGGACCUUAUAAUUCCAGGCCGCAAAAUAAAAGAUGCGUUUCUAUCCUUGACAGAUCACGAAAGGGAACUAAUUGAAACAUCGCUCGGCUUAAUCCCAAUCGAACAAGACUGGGAUACCAUUCCAUUCGUGCAAAAGCAACUGGCUUUCUAUAUGGGCUAUGGUUCGUAUGGGCCUCGACUUGGAAUUUCUUUUGAAGGGAGAAUGCCCGAGGAUUUUUCAUGGAAAGUGCCUUCUAGUCCUAAAUCACCAAGCAGUACUAUCCGGAAAUUACCAUCAAGCCAAAAGACAAAUAUUUUAACUUGCAUACCACUGAGAGAGAAACAAUUUCAACAAUCUUUCAAGACGCUAGAUGGUGGAUCGCGGUUCAUAAUAUGGGCUGCAAUUCUAGUGACAUUGAUUGCCGGCUGGACGGACUAUCAGCAUAGGCAUAGUGACAACGACACAAAAGUGACCACAGCAAAAUUAAUUGAAGUACCAAUAAGUAAUGAUAUCGAUGAAUUGCAGACAGAUGAAGGGCUCGUGGCUGACGAAGAUACUGUCGACUCUCAAUCAACUGAUGUACACUCGGAAAAUAAACAAGGCAACAAGAAAUGGUAUCAAAUAUGGAAAUAA